CAGUGCCGGCCAUCCCACGCACCGAACCCAGUCUGUGCUGUGCACGCAUCCUAGCACAGCCCCCCUCUGCCAGGACCUCUUGCAGCACCAACAGCCCCAGGUAGCCUCUUCUCUACCUUUGCUAGAUGGAGUACUUCGGGCAGAUUUCCAUCGGGACCCCCCCCCAGAACUUCACGGUGGUAUUCGACACGGGCUCCUCCAACCUCUGGGUGCCAUCGAUCUACUGCACCAGCAAAGCCUGCACCGAGCACGCCAGGUUCCAGCCGUCACGCUCCAGCACGUACCAGCCCGUGGGCAUCCCCUUCUCCAUCCAGUACGGGACCGGCAGUUUGACGGGGGUCAUCGGGUCUGACCAAGUUACGGUGGAGGGCCUGACCGUGACGAACCAGCAGUUCGCAGAGAGCGUCAGCGAGCCGGGCAAAACCUUCCUGGAUGCCGAGUUCGACGGGAUCCUGGGGCUGGCCUACCCGUCCCUGGCCGUGGACGGGGUCACCCCCGUCUUCGACAACAUGAUGGCCCAAAACCUGGUGGAGCUGCCCAUGUUCUCGGUCUACAUGAGCUCGAACCCGGACUCCUCCCUGGGUGGAGAGCUGCUCUUUGGGGGCUUUGAUCCCUCUCGCUUCACGGGGACCCUGAACUGGGUGCCGGUCACGCAGCAGGGCUACUGGCAGAUCCAGCUGGACAAUGUGCAGGUGGAUGGCACCGUGGCUUUCUGCAAGGAUGGCUGCCAGGCCAUCGUGGACACCGGGACAUCGCUCCUCACAGGCCCUACCAAGGAUAUAAAGAAACUGCAGAAAUAUAUCGGUGCCACGCCUGUGGAUGGAGAGUACGCCGUGGAGUGCAGCAACCUGAACGUGAUGCCCGACGUGACCUUCACCAUCAAUGGGCUCCCCUACACGCUCACCUCCCAAGCCUACACCCUCAUGGAGUACAGCGAUGGCAUGGCCUUCUGCACCAGUGGCUUCCAGGGCAUGGACGUUGCCCCUCCUGCCGGCCCCCUCUGGGUUUUGGGCGAUGUUUUCAUCCGACAGUUUUACUCCGUCUUCGACCGUGGGAAUAACAGGGUGGGCUUGGCGCCCGCCGCCCCUUAGGGCCGCCGCACCCCGCGGGACGGGAGCAAAGCAGAGCCACCGGGCUGCAGCCACAGCCACGGCCUCGGGCCGGGCAUGGAGCACACACCAGGGUCCCUGGAGGGAUGGAGACAUCCCGGGACCUCGGCUGCACAGCACUCAAAAGUACGGUCCGUGCCAGGGAGUGGUUUCAUAACGAGUAUAAAGACGUCCUGAGCAGCUCUGCGAAAUCUGCUUGCGGAUUCUCCUUUUUUA